AUGAGCACGGGCGAGAUCGCGCGCCUGGCCCUGGCCCGGCGGCUGGUCCGCUGCACGGGGAAGACGCCCGAGGCCACCAUGGCCAGCGCGCUGUACACCGACAUCAAGCGGCGGGAGGGGCGCAGCGUGUUCAUCCGCCCCCACGAGGGCAUGUUUGGGCUGCGGGAGUGGAUCGAGCUGGGCAUUGGCUUCCGGGACGACCACGCGGAGGACAUGGCCCGCCGCGUCCGAGACGGCUAUAGUGGCUACCUGGCCGCCGUCCCGGGCGUCCCCCCAUCGGCCCUGGGCCUGGCCGCGCCGGGGUAUGCACCCGGCCUUUUGCCCGGCCUCGCUGUGGCAGUCCAGGCCGCCGCUGGGGUCGCCCGGCCGCCCGGGGCUGUAGCAGUGCCCCCCGAGGCAGGAGACGUGAGCGGACUCAUGGAUCUCCUUUGUGCCGCAGAGGAGUUGCGCCGGUCCAGCUCCCCCGACCCGGCGCUGGGGGCACCGGCGGCGGCAGGAGCGCUGGCAGUGGGCUCGGGCGCGGGUGCCGGGCGCGACGACGAGCCGCUGGGGCCCUCGCCGCCUGCCACCAGUGCGGCGGCCAGGACCUCAGACGCCUGGCACGACGCCGGCGACCGUCUCACGCGCCGGGAAGGCGCCCGCCCGACGACGCCCGACGGCGCGGGUGCCGAGCUCCGCCUGGACGACCCCGACGCCGCUCGGGACGCGGACGCCGAGCGCCCAGCGCCGCCCCCCCCGCUGCACGCUGCAGCCCGCCUGGCGGAGGCGCAGGUGAUGCGGCUGGAGGCGGACCUCGGGCCGGGCCACCCCGCCGUGGGCAGGGCCUACGUUGACCUGGCGCGGCUCUACACCGCCUCAUGCGCGUCGUGCACAGCGCGGCAGCUGGCCGAGGCGGCCCUGACGCGCGCGUCGGAGGUGCUGGCCACGUGCCAGGGGAGCAAGUUCGAGCCGGACCGUCUGCAGCGGGAGGUUGAGAAUUUGCUCCAGGCCACAUGUCAGUCAGCGUUGUACAGCCCACCGGAGCAGUCCAAGCUGGCGCAGGAGCUCGUGGCCGCCGUCAGAGACAUGUGUGUUGCCCUGGGCCACUCACGAUACAAGUACGCCGUCCACGUCACCUACGGUCAGCGGGCCAAUCAAGGCUCCUUGCUCUCCAGCAAGUGCCUCUGGGAUGGCCAGACGGAUGGUUAUGUGACGGCAACCAUCGUGAACGAGACCUUGUUCUGCAGUUGCCAGGUGGCAUGUGUGAUGUGGGAGAGGUGA